GCGAAUAUCUUACGUUCUCGGCGCGUGACGCAACACGCAUAGCUAUAAGUACGUGCCAGACGGCGGCCGCUUUCUUUCUGAUAGCUCAGCCUGCCCCCAAGAUGGCGCCGCAGAAAGUCAAGAAGCCUAAGAAGUCAGUCUGGAAGUUUGGUUUGGACCUUACUCAUCCAGUAGAAGAUGGUAUUUUUGAUUCUGGAAAUUUUGAACAGUUUCUACGGGAGAAGGUUAAAGUCAAUGGAAAAACUGGAAAUCUUGGGAAUGUUGUUCACAUUGAACGCUGCAAGAAUAAAAUCACAGUUGUUUCUGAGAAACAGUUCUCAAAAAGAUAUUUGAAAUAUCUUACCAAGAAAUACCUUAAGAAGAACAGUCUUCGUGAUUGGCUUCGUGUGGUUGCAUCUGACAAGGAGACUUACGAACUUCGUUACUUCCAGAUUAGUCAAGAUGAAGAUGGAUCAGAGUCUGAGGACUAGGUGAAGCCACCCAUUACAGGGCUUUGCUUCCUAAUCAAACAAAUGAAGCAUACACGAGAAACAUCCAGAUAUGGACUUUUAGUUUAUCAGUGAAUAAAAAAACGUACUCUGUUUAA